ACACACACACACACGCACACACACACACACACACAUGCAGAUUCUCCGUCUAUUUAUAAUGGACGCGCAGAUAUUUGUGUUAAAUGGGAUAAAUCGGACACUUACACAGGAACUCGUUCCUCAACCUGCAUCUCUGCAUCUUUUCAAAUCUGUAGCUGUCUGCUCUGAAGCGUUAGCUGAUCCAGCAUCAUAUCUGUGAGCAGAUCCUUCAUGCCCUCUCCUCUCCGCUGCUGCAGCAUCUAAAACCCUGUUCAGAUUUCUGCUGCCUAAACUGUCCGUUUUCAGCCUUUGUCACACGUCCUAAGAUUAAUGAACGAAGUUGUUUUCUCUGGUUUUCUUUUUUGUUUGUUUUUGUGGUUGUUUUCACUGAGAAAUCAUAUUGUAAAUAGACUACCUACGUUAACCUACUGUUAAUUGCCAUUACAUCACCAGGAGCUCGCAUGUCCACAGUUCUAUUGUUAGUCGGUUCCACCGGCCAAGAUCUGCCGAGCUGCCGCCCACACAGCGCACAUGGCAAGCGGCCUCUUUGCUUUUUUACCCCCGUUAGGACAGAACAAUGGCAGAUAGGCUCGCUUUGCCUCCGCGUUUCGUGAAAAAUAAUAAUAAUAAUGCUUCACACAGACAUCACAGCCGCCAGGCCCGAACCACCGAUUGGCUGAUUUGGGUCACAUGACCAGGAAUUGGCUGCAAUUUCGUCCCAUAGUUGUUCAGUUUAGCCUACCCAGGUCCCCAUACGCUACUAUUAUAACCAAUAUACACAAUUAUGAUAUAGCCACCGCAUUUACGCCACUACGGUCAGAAGCCUAUGGAGCUGCGUUUUUUUUUAGACCAAGUAUUAUUUAUUUUCUUAAUCAGCCAUGUUUUGUGAUGUGCAUGUGUACGCGUGCGUAUAGGCCUAUGAGGGUUUUAUUAUUAUUAUUAUUUUAUUUCGGGAAAGGGAUUAUUCUGGGCUCUCGUCGUUUAGGGAGGGCACUGGUCUGAGGAAGCUAUGAAUUUUGAAUUUGAGAGGGAGAUCGGGUUUAUAAACAGCCAGCCGUCCCUAGCAGAGUGCUUGACGUCCUUCCCCGCCGUCCUGGAGUCAUUUCAAACUUCAUCAAUCAAGGAGUCGACAGUAAUUCCGCCUCCCUUCGAGCACACCAUCCCCAGCUUUAGCCCUUGCACAGCCACCCAGCCGAAACCAGCUUCUGGGAGUCAGCAAAGCCGGAGAAGCUCUGCUACAAAUGACCACCAGACCCAUCACCGCGCCAUACAGCAGCCAUGCCCGCCUGGCCAGGCCCCUGCACCGGCUACCCCGGCUGGUCCGCUGGCUCACGAGUUUCCCUGGAUGAAAGAGAAGAAGUCAUCCAAGAAAUGCCCCAAGCCUGGAAUCAGCUCCAGCGGGGGUGGAUCCAUCAUCUUACCGACAUCAUCCUACCCUUCACCAAACGCCUCUGGGUACGCUUCGGCGGGCAUCGAGUCACCCACAGACUCCAGCCAGGUUGGCCUGGAUGCCGGUGGAGCUGGGUCCCGUCGUCUGCGCACCGCCUACACCAACACCCAGCUUUUGGAGCUGGAAAAGGAAUUCCACUUUAACAAGUACUUAUGUCGGCCGAGGAGAGUGGAAAUCGCCGCUCUUUUAGAUCUUACAGAGCGACAGGUCAAAGUUUGGUUUCAGAAUCGUAGGAUGAAACACAAGCGACAGACCACACACCAUCGGGAUGGAGGCGGAGGAAGUCCGUGUUCCAGCGGAUUUGAGCCGCUGGAAGGGGCCGAUGCCUCGUCCCCCUACUCCAGUCAGCCGCUGGAAGCGUCGGAGGAAAGCACAACAGAGAGCGAACAGGGGAGCGGUGCGCUUUUGACUGCAGUUCCCGGCGCCUAUAGCACCACUGACAACGGAAACAAUGCACAACCCACGCAGGAGGACACAGGCCGUGUGAGUCAGCAGCAGCCAGGGACAUCUGGCUCAACGGACUCUGCUGCGGCUCUGCGCUCCCCGACGAACUCAACUGACAGCACCGGUCUGAGGCCCCACAGCGGGCCUGGGACUGCACCGGGAGCCGAGCCGUCUUUUUUGGACCACCGGGAUUCAUCCGUCGCCCCAUCUGAAUCUCACGCGUCCUCCUCCUCAUCAUCCACCGCGCUAUCCGACCUGACUCUUUUCACCGAGGACGCCUGCUUGUCUCCCAGCAUGCAAAGCUCCCUGGAUAGUCCGGUGGAUUUUUCCGAGGAGGACUUCGACUUGUUCACAAGCACACUGUGCACCAUAGAUUUACAAUACCUCAACUUCUGAAGGUAGUGGCAACGGUUCAACAAGAGGAAUAUCACAAAGACAUCAGACACACCAGGGUAGAAGCGACCUUUGUGGAUGAACAAUCAGCAGAAAAACAUCCAACAGGACUGUCGUUCUAGAAGCGUCUAGGCAAAAUUCCUGUAAGGUUUAUGAAUGAAAACGUUGCUCUUGUUUCAGCUAAAAUUCAUUUACGCUAUUAUUUCCGUAUGGCAUUGUGGUUUAAGAGACUCAGUCAGCAAAUUUCUUUUUUUUUUUUAUCUUUUCUUCUUUUUUUGUAAUUGCAAAAUUGUUUGCGUGUUGUUUUUUUUCGGCUAGAUUUUAUUUCUCCCCUUAAGACGUGAAAUAUCAGGUGUUAUUUAACUUAGGAUUUUUUUAAGAUUGUUUUUAUUUUUUGUUAGUUGAGCUUCUUCUAAUCAAUGAGAUGGUUGUUGUUUUUCUUGUCUGCUAGGGGUUCAGCUUCGUGGAUAAAAAAACUCAGGAACUGGUCACAGAGACUUGAUGCGGACGGCAGGACUGCUUUGGAGAAAAUAUCUCUAAAUUGACAAGAGUUGUCACUCUGAGCGAGAAGCCCUGCUGUGGAGCCGACAUGUAGACGUUAGUUUAUUUAUUAAGAUUCUUUAAUAGUGAAAAUCUAAAUUAUUUAUUGUACAAAUAUUUUCAUAGUGGGAUAAUAAUAAAGAAUAAAAAUAUAAACAACGUA